AGUAUUAUAGGUCUGCCACGCCAGCCGUACUCUGCCACAAAAAUCUAUGCUUUCUUUCUAGGUUCAAUUUUAUAUUUUUCAACAGUUAUCUUGCAUAGGCGUAGGCACUUGGCACUUGGCAGUCCGCUAUGGUUGUUACUCGCAGAACCCCAGUGGUUCCAGCACCUCCAGUUUCCCGUACACCAUCUUCACAAGGUCAACCACGCUCUGCUAGAGCAACUGUAAUACAGGAUGCAUCUGCGGUACCUCGUGUGUCAAGCCCACUAGCAUCCGGAGACGCGCGCACCGCAGCUAUCAUUACCGGAGCCUCUAAUAACUUCAAGCAAUAUAACGACAAGGAUGAACACAAAACAUCAAAGAAGAAAGACAAGCCUAAGAAAUCAGGCAAAAAGAAGAAGCGUAAAUCCACUAUCCAGUCCCUUCUCGACUUCCUCACUAAGCUCCUUUUGUUCGCCUUUACGAUAUACGUCUUUUCCGUCUGCCCUCGUGAGGCACAUCUCCAAUCUCCCGUUUGCCGCGGCCUAUCUGAGUACAAACGUAUUGUUCUCGAUCCGUACGUUAUCCCACCAUUACAGGCUGCGCUUGCGCACCCGUCUGUCGCGCCAUACUUGAACCGCAUCGCCGAGGUUUCAAGUCCCAUUAUCCUCCGUACGCAAGGAGAGUGGACCGGACGCGUUUUGCCGCAGUGGGAGAAGCACGUUGUUCCAGUGUGGAGCAACCGCGUUGUCCCUGCCUUCACAGCCUAUGUUGUCCCCCAGUGGGAAAAGCGCGUCGUACCACAAUGGCAGAAACACGUCGUCCCCCAAUAUGACAAGCACAUUGUGCCGCAGUUGAGCAAACUCGAACCAUACGUCGCGCGCGCAGAGUCGUACGUCGAGCAAGCAGGAACGACAUACACCACGCGCAUAGCUCCGCACGUGCGUACUGCUACUUACAACCUGCAGCGAUGGCAGCAAAAGGCACAACCUUACACCAUUCUUGCCAUCCAGAAAACUCAGGACACGUAUUACGCAGCAAAGCCCCACGCUGUGCCUUUGGCAAAGAGAAUCGUUGCUGAGGUGCAGCACGCGCUUUUGUUCCUAAGGGAACAGAGACGGAUUUUUGUCGACCCCCAUGUGGCGAAAUUGUGGGAGAAAGUCAAGGAGCUGAGCCGCGGGUCACCAGCGACUUCAACAUCUACCGAUGUUCCAUCUGACACCACGGCCUUCCCAAGCCCAGAACCUGUUAUUUCUGAGACAUUGGAACCGGAGUCAACUUAUGCCCCGAUCGCACCCACAUCCGACGAUCAACCUGCGGCGGAAACAGAUUCCCCAUGCCACACAGCGACCGAAACAUCAUCCGUUGGAACGCUUCUCAACAAGGAUGCAACGACAGCUGCAGAAACCGAGGUGCCCAUCCCAUUCGAUGCCGUGCCGAUAACGUAUCUCAGCUCACAACCGGCAUCCGCGUCCUCUUCUCACUCUCCCUCAAACUCUGUGCCAACACCAGUGCAGACCCCCGAGAGCGCGUCGUCUGUCUUAUCAGAGAGUGCAUCAGCUGCUCCCUCAAUCGUAUCUGCUGCUGUCGAUGAUUCAAAUUCACCUAUCGCUUAUGCUACCCUCACUGGCUCUGCUGCCUCCAGCUCGGCUCCCGCACAUAUCAGCGACGAUGAUGAGAUCGACAUUAGCGCAUUUUACGCUGAACUUGGGCUCGAUGAACCCUUGACCGCAUCCCAAUCUCACGAGCAAGUGCCCCUCAAUCCCCCGGAAUCGGAGGAAGAGCGUGCUGAACGCUUGCGCCUUAAAGCUGAGGAGACUGCCCGCAAACGUGCCGAUAUCGAGGUCCGUCACUCUAAGUGGGAGACUGACCUUCGGUCUCAAAUGGAGACUGGUUCGUCUACGCUGAAGGGCAAGCUCGAAGCAAUUAGGAGCGUUGCUGCCGUUGAGCUUGCGGAAGCGCCUGAAAUUCGAGACGCCAUUGAGAGCCUUGUCGCUGACGCGGAGAAAUAUAUCAAAGGUGCCGAGGUCUAUCUUAGGAAUCUGAAGGCAGAGAGCCGGAAGAACGACGAGAAGAUGCCGCUCUGGGAAAGGGUGGUCGAGAAGGUUGGCGUGAAGUUUUCAGAGCGUCUUGGGGUUGUAGAGGCCGUGGUCAACACGUGGUACGGUGUCAUUCUCGAUCAGGAGCUGCGUGAGGUUUAUGCUGUGGCUGCUGAGGUUCGCGAAGUCGCGGAAAAGGCCCAAGUCGACCUAGGGCUCGACUAUGCUUGGCUCGACGAGGUGACGUAUUCAGAUUGGCAGCGGUACCAUUCCCUGAUUGAUGCCAGCGAGAAAUUCGUUCAGGAAGCAAACUCAAUACAGAACGGCACGCAUGAGAAUCUGUCCGUGGAUAACCCCAUUAUUCCUAUCAUUGAGGACCUUGAAUCGGAGGUCCAGGAUGUCGUGAUUGGAUUUGAAACGCGCUUGAGACGCAUCAAGCGCGAUGGCGAGCGUGCUUUCAAUAGCAUCCAGAAGGAUGAGGAGAAAGAAACAGCCACUGAUCCGGAGCAGCCAGAGGUCUCGAUUCUUCCAAUACCGGAGGGAGGUGCGAGUGGGCACGCGUAUGUCCCCCCUGUUGUCAUUGGUCGGAGCAAAGAGGAGGUACUGGAGGCGCUUGGGAAGGUUGAGCCUUUAGAGGAAAGUUCAGGGUAUAAUACUCCCGAAGAUGCAGACGCAGGAGAAGUUGUUUCGAGUCUGGUCAGGGAGGCGGAGGAAGAGCAUUCUGAGAGCGCUGCUAUUCCUCACACAGAACUAUGAAUUUCGAAUAGUGUCGUAUGUUUGGAUUAUUUAUGACAUCUACUAUGCUUACGGUUUGCUAUGUUGCAUUCCUCUCUAUUUCUCCUUACUCAUGGCAUAGCUUUUGAAUCACGAUAUCAUCGUCCCCUGUGGUGUACCCCAUCAAGUCAUGGAAAUUUCUCGCCGUUCUAUCAUAGUUCACAGCUGUUCACUUAACGUUCAAGUGUUCAUCCACCACACCGCUUUGCUUUGACGCCCGGGAUAUCUUUAAUUCCG